CGGCGACUCUUUCGCUCCGCCCCCUUCAACUCCUCGAAACCUCACACCAGCACCCGGCGCCCACCGCUUCCUCCCGUUCCUUUCCCCACCCACACCUCAUCCCUGCGGCGGCGGAGGGCGAUGAGGGGCGCCGACCUCAUCAACCUCGCCCUCCCGGAUGAGCUCCUCGACGACGUCCUCCGCCGCGUCGGCGCAGGCGGCGCCUGCAAGCGCGACCUGGACGCCUGCGCGCUCGUCUGCCGCCGCUGGCGCCGCCUUGAGCGCGCGUCCCGCCGCUCCGCCAAGCUCGCGGCGUCGGGGGAGCGCGCCGACGAGGUUCUGCGGCUCGUCGCGGAGCGGUUCCGCGCGCUCGUCGACGUGUCGGUGGACGAGCGGCUCACCGUCGGGUCCGGCGGAGCCGGCGCCGGCACCUCCGCCUCCGCAUCCAGAUCGCGCCGCCCGGUGCAUAGUACUUGCCCAUCUCGGCGCCGCAGGAGGAUGCCCCUUGUGGCAAAUUUCACAGUUCAAAUAUCCCCAUUCCCAUUGGAUCAGCCAGUGGGUGAUGAUGGGACAGAGCGCAGUUGUUUGACUGAUGUUGGUUUAACUCAUCUCGCCAGGGGUUGCAAAGGGCUUGAAAAACUAAGUUUGAUAUGGUGUUCUGCCAUAUCUUCAACGGGCUUGGUGAGAAUAGCAGAGAAUUGCAAGAAUUUGACUUCAUUGGAUCUCCAGGCUUGCUAUAUUGGAGAUCCAGGACUUAUUGCUAUUGGGGAAGGCUGCAAGCUACUUAGUAAUUUAAACUUGCGCUUCGUUGAAGGUACCACAGAUGAUGGCUUGAUUGGACUAGUAAAGAACUGUGGGCAAUCACUGGUCUCUCUUGCUGUUGCAACUUGCGUUUGGAUGACCGAUGCAUCCUUGCAUGCUGUUGGAUCCCACUGUCCUAACCUGGAGAUCCUGUCACUGGAAUCAGACCGUAUUCAAAAUGAGGGAGUAAUAUCUAUUGCUAAAGGAUGCAGACAGUUAAAAAAUUUGAAGCUGCAAUGUAUUGGUGCUGGUGAUGAGGCCCUAGAUGCUAUUGGUUUAUUUUGUUCACUUUUAGAAAGCUUGUCACUCAACAACUUCGAACGAUUUACGGACAGGAGCCUUUCUUCCAUUGCUAAAGGUUGCAAAAAUCUCACAGAUCUUGUUCUCAAUGAUUGCCAGUUACUAACUGAUAGAAGCCUCGAAUUUAUAGCUCGUAGCUGCAAAAAAUUAGCACGGCUGAAGAUCAAUGGUUGUCAGAACAUGGAAACUGCUGCACUGGAGCACAUUGGGCGAUGGUGCCCGGGCCUUUUGGAGCUCUCUUUGAUUUACUGCCCAAGGAUCCAGAACAGUGCAUUUCUGGAGAUUGGUAGAGGCUGCUCCCUUCUCAGGUCUCUUUAUUUGGUCGACUGUUCAAGAAUAAGUGAUGAUGCCAUGUGUCACAUAGCUCAAGGUUGCAAGAAUUUAAAAGAGCUUUCUAUUCGGCGUGGUUACGAGAUAGGGGACAAAGCAUUGAUAUCUGUUGCCGAGAAUUGUAAAUUGCUUAGAGAGUUAACACUCCAGUUUUGCGAGAGGGUAUCUGAUGUAGGGCUGACUGCAGUUGGUGAAAGCUGCUCUCUUCAAAAGUUAAACUUGUGCGGGUGCCAACUAAUCACUGAUAGCGGGCUGACUGCAAUUGCGAGAGGAUGCCCUGAUUUAGUCUUCUUGGAUAUAAGUGUGCUUCGGAUCAUAGGGGACAUGGCGCUUGCUGAGAUAGGCGAAGGUUGCCCCAAGCUUAAAGAAAUCGCGCUCUCCCACUGCCCGGAGGUCACAGAUGUUGGUCUGGGCCACCUCAUCAAGGGGUGCCUGCAGCUGGAGUCGUGCCAGAUGGUCUACUGCAGUCAAAUCACCAGCGCCGGGGUAGCGACCGUCAUCUCGAGCUGCUCAAAGAUGAAGAAGCUCCUCGUCGAGGAGUGGAAGGUGAGCCAGAGGACGCGGCGGAGAGCGGGACCGGUCUUAUCGUUCCUCUGCACCGGGCUUUAGCUUCAAAGGGGAAAUACAUCUGUGCCUUUUUAUCAACUCCGUUGUUACUCAGAAAGCUUCUGUUGUUAUAUUGCUGCAUUGUAUACCAUAACAUCUUUAGCUCAAAAGUGUUGUUUGAACUCUUACUCAAAAGUGUUGUUUGAACUAUUACUCAAAAGUGUUGUUUUUUUAACAGAAUAAAAUGUUGUAUCAACUAUUGACUCCAAAGUGAUGAACCAAAUAAAAACCAGCUGAAUAAACCGGCAAAAGCUC